AUGGUAGCACAGCUUAUGGUUUUUAUUAGAGAUACUAUGGGGAAUCUUUUGCUUAGUGGUGCUAAAGCUAUUGCUGAUAAUAAUUCUAUUUUAGUUGCUGAGGCCUGGGGUCUUAGAGAAGGUGUUCGUGGAGCUCUCUUUUUAGGGGCUAGUAAUAUUACUAUUGAGGGGGAUAAUCUCUCGGUUAUCCAAGCUAUCAAAAGAAUUUGGAAAAUUCUCUGGUCUAUUAAUGCUCUUAUUAAUGAUACAAUGGAAGAUUUGAAAAAAUUUGAUAAUUAUAAUGUUCAGCAUGUUUUUAGAGAGGCUAAUUUUGCAGCUGAUUGGAUGGCUCAUCAUGGCCAUUCCAUUAAUAAUCUCUGUUAUUGGUUUGAAUCUCCUAAUAUUGCUUUUUCCAAUAUCAUCCGUAAGGAUGCUUUAGGGUGGCCUGUUAAUUGGGAUCCUCCCUAG